AUGAGUUCCAAAGCCUUUGUUUUUCUCGGCCUUCUUCUCGCCUUUGUUCUUCUCCUAUCGUCUGAGGUGGCCGCAAGAGACCUUGCGGAGACCUCCUCCAAGACGGACAACGAGGCCACGGUGGAAACCAAUGGCGUAGAGGAUGCCAAGUAUGGAAGAGGAGGGUAUGACAGAGGCUAUGGCGGAGGGCACGACAGAGGCUAUGGCGGUGGUCGUGGUGGGUAUGGUCGUGGUCAUUACGGUGGCCGUGGAGGCUAUGGUGGUGGCCGUGGUGGCUACGGCAGAGGUUGCCGAUAUGGUCGAUGUGGGCACAAGUGCUGCAGCUACGCUGGUGAAGUGGUAGAGGGUGCAAAACCCUAA